AUGGAGCCGAAGAACGAUGAAGGACGCCUUCGGAAAACGUUAUUUUGCAAUUACGACCGCGACAAUCGUCCAAUAUUGCGCGAUGGCCCAAUUACGAUUCGAUUCAAAAUGAUCAUCAAAGGUUUCACGUUCAGCGAUACGGAUAGCAAAUUGGUGGUUUCAACAUGGUUGGCGAUGACUUGGACUGAUGACCAUUUGAAAUGGAAUCCCAACGAUUACAACAAGUUAACUUCGAUAACGCAAUCCAGUCAAACGAUUUGGCAACCAGAUUUGGCUAUGUACAACAGUGACGUUGCAUCUGCCACCGAAGAAUCUUGUAAGGAUGCAAAUUGUGUAAUUUCAUCGACUGGCUCCGUGUCGUGCAUUCCACCGUGUUCGCAUACCGCCAAAUGUAUGCCAAACUACAAUCGUUGGCCAUUCGAUGAACAAAACUGUACGCUGCAUAUUGGAACGUGGGUCAACUCGGGCGAUGAAGUUGAUUUUAAUGUUUCGCGAACCGUUCUCACCGAACAAGAUCUCUCCUCGCAAGACAUGCAGUGGCGACUCAUCGGAGCUACGUACACACGAAAUCCAGGCAAUUUCAGUGACACCCAACAAACAUACCCAUCGCUAAAGUUUACAUUUUUAAUGGAACGCCAUUCGGGCAGCCAUUCUGCUACCAUUUUCAUUCCAGCAUUCGCGUUGGUGCUAUUGAAUUUGAUAACAUUAUGGGUGGAUUCGGAGCAUAAUCACCGAUUCAUUUUGCUCGCUCUGAGUUUGUUGAGCCAUUUUCUCUACAUGCAACAUUUAUUCUGGAUCGUACCUCAUAACGGCGAUACUGUACCUGAUAUACUCUUUGGUGAAUAUUUCCAUUUGAAUGUUUCAUUGCAGAAAUUCGGCACACAGCUUGAUACGAAUGACGAUGACAUAAACCUCGUUGAGUCACAACCAAAUGACAAACCCAACAACAAAAAAGUGACACAGGGCGUGUGGCGAACACUUGGAAAUAUUAUCGAUCGCGUUCUUUUUGCAACGUUGAGCAUUUUUUACAUUUGUAUGAUGGCACGCUUGUUGCCCGAGGACUUUCUUGAUGCGAAAAAUCCCAAAUCUGUUGUGGUUGUUGGUUAUUGA